UCGGCGCCAAGUAAGCAGAGUCCUGGGCCUCCCUGCCCCAGGCCAGCCAAGCUCAGCGGGCCUCAGGGAGCCCAGGAGCGGGCUGCGGUGCUGCAAGUCGACCUCUAGGGGCCACUUCACGUGGGUUUCCUCCUCCAGGAAUAAGGAGGCAGGCCCCCUCCCCAUUUCACAUCUUGGGAAAUGGGUACUCAGAUUGGGGCAGUGACUUGUUCCAGGCCACCCAGAUGGACAGGACCAGAGCCAGGACCACGGCUCGGCCCUUGGGCUACACGGGGCUUAGACUUACUAGUUCUGCCUCCCGCUCCCAGAAGCGAGUUUGAGGACGCUCCUCCCCUUCCCUCCCACCUUCCCGGCCCAGCCGCCGGCUCCCAGGGAAGAGGAGGAGUUCUCGCCGGCUCUGAUGACACCGUCGCCACGGCAACGCGGCCAUACUGGCCCCAACGGACCCGGGGGCCUGGGGCUGCGCUGGCUGCGGCCUCGUGGGCAGAACCGGCAGCAUGGACAGCCUCUUCGUGGAGGAGGUGGCCGCCUCCCUGGUCAGGGAGUUCCUCAGCAGAAAGGGCUUAAAGAAGACGUGUGUGAUCAUGGACCAGGAACGCCCGCGCUCUGAUCUCAGCAUAAACAGCAGAAACGACCUCCGCAAGGUUUUGCAUCUUGAAUUUCUCUACAAGGAGAACAAAGCAAAGGAAAAUCCUCUAAAGACAAACCUUGAACUCAUUACCAGAUACUUUCUGGAUCACUUUGGAAAUACUGCCAUCAAUUUCACUCAAGAAACAGCAAUACCUGCACUCUCGAUUCCAAAGAAAAAUAACAGAUUGCCAUUGAGAUGCUCAGAGACCACGCUGGUGAAUAUAUAUGACCUUGCAGAUGAAGAUGCAGGAUGGAGAACUUCAUUGUCAGAAACAAGCAAAGCCAGACACGACGAUCUUGAUGGGGAUAUGCUUGGUAACUUCGUGUCAUCCAAAAGGCCCCCACACAAGAGUAGGCCCAUGCAGACUGUUCCAGGUGGAAGCCCUGCUGUGGGCCCUGCGUGGGAGAAGAUGGAAAAGCUUCAGUCGUCGGAGCCUGCCUUGGAUACGAAGAGGAUGGGAGAGAAGGUCAGGCCGAAACCUGGCCUGAUUGUCCGAGGCAUGAUGGCCGGGCCCAUCGCCAGCUCCCCGCAGGAUCCCCUCCGCAAACGCUCCCUGAGGCGGUCCCCCGCCUUGAGCAGCAUCACCCACUCCCACGAGGAAGAGAGCCCCAAAGCGCCCGAGCUCUCCCACCGCACCCCAGCCUGUCCUGCCCCACAGGAGGGCCUGGCGUCCAGCCCCGGCUCCAACUCCAGGAGCCCCCAGGGCCCGCUCAGUGAGCUGAUCCCAGAGAAGCGGAGAACGGCGCCUAGCAGCCCUCCUCACCUGCCGAGCAAAGGGCUGCCCCAGAGGGGGAGCGGCAGGGGCAGAGACCCUCCAGAGGACAGCCCCGCUGUGGACUCAGAGGCCGACAGGACGCCCUUGAAGUUCUCCUUGCCCGGCGGGAAUGCCAGGACAACCCAGGAGAGGCUGGAAAGAGCAUUCAAACGGCAGGGGAGCCAGCCCCCGCCCCUCAGGAAAAAUCAGCUGCCAGUGUCCAACAAGGCCGAUGAUGAGCUGGGAGUCCUGCAGCUCGAGGAUGUGGAGGAUGAACUGGUAAGGGAAGAAGUCCUCCUGUCUCCAGUCCCAUCCCUGCUCAAGCUGCAGACAGUGUCAAAGCCAAUGGACCUCUCAGUGGCAAAGGACCUAAAGACCCUUCUGUUUGGUUCCAGCUUUUGCUGUUUCAAUGAAGAAUGGAAACUUCAGAGUUUUUCCUUUAGUGACGCAGCCUCGUUAAAGUAUGGCAUUGUUCAGAACAAGGGGGGUCCCUGUGGGGUUCUGGCAGCUGUCCAAGGCUGUGUCCUACAGAAACUCCUGUUUGAAGGAGAUAGCAGAGCUGACUAUGCGAGGCAGCUGCAGCCUUCAAAUGCCCACAGGACCCACUGCCUCGCCCUGGCCAUUGCGGACAUUGUGUGGCGGGCUGGGGGCCACGAGAGAGCCGUGGUCACACUGGCUUCAGGAGCACAGCAGUUCAGUCCAACAGGGAAAUACAAAGCAGAUGGAGUCUUAGAAACACUCAUACUCCAUAGUUUGACCUGCUAUGAGGAGCUGGUGACUUUUCUUCAACAGAGCAUCCAUCAGUUUGAAGCGGGCCCCCACGGAUGUGUCCUGCUCACCGUGUCGGCCAUCUUGUCCAGGUCCACGGAGCUCAUCCGCCAAGACUUCGAUGUCCCCACCAGCCACCUGAUUGGAGCACAUGGAUACUGCACACAGGAACUUGUCAAUCUGCUCCUGACCGGGAAAGCCGUGUCCAAUGUUUUCAACGACGUGAUUGAGCUGGAUUCUGGAAACGGGAACAUCACGCUCCUCAAAGGCAUUGCUGCGCGCAGCGACAUUGGCUUCUUGUCUCUCUUUGAGCACUACAACGUGUGCCAGGUCGGCUGCUUCCUGAAGACCCCGAGGUUCCCCAUCUGGGUGGUGUGCAGCGAGAGCCACUUCAGCGUCCUCUUCAGCCUGCAGCCGGAGCUCCUGCGAGACUGGAGGACAGAGAGGCUCUUUGACCUGUACUACUACGACGGCCUGGCCAACCAGCAGGAGCAGAUCCGGCUGACUGUUGACACCACCCAGACAGUCCCUGAGGACAGAAACAAUGACCUCGUCCCACCUCUCGAGCUCUGCAUCAGAACCAAGUGGAAGGGGGCGUCGGUGAACUGGAACGGCUCAGACCCCAUCCUGUGACCCUUCAUGUGGGUAAGCCCUAUGGCUCACCACUCAUCACUGCAGGUGACAGCUGAGCCCCAGGUGUCAGGGACAAGUCUCUCAGAAGAGUGUCACCUCACCUGGGCCCGCACUGCUGCAGAAGCAUCCAGCACCUCCCUGCUGCCUCCACGAAGGGUCCCCCUGGACUGUGGUGAAGGUCGGGGGUGCUGAGGUGCAGCUCCCUCCUGGCUGAGCUGUGACUGCCAAGGACUGGAAGGAGGCUGGCCAGCAGGGCCUUUGCCACCUUUUGUCUGCCUCCCUCCUUUGUACCCCACUGGGCUGUCCCCUUGCCGAGCCUCUGAUACAGUCGGCCCAGGGACCCUCGGCGCAGGGACCCUGAGCACUCAUUAUUUCUGGCAGUUGGCUUUCUAUAAAACAGGAGUCAAACCCA